AUGUCGCAUAACACGAGUGCUUUAAUCGAAAAAUUGGAAUUAAUUAGAAAUUGGACUGAUCAAAUAAUUCCAAUUCUUCUGAUUUUAUUUGGUUCAUUUGGAAAUGUAUUUAAUAUAAUCAUUUUUACUCGUCGUGAAUUACGAACCAAUCCAUGUUCAUUAUAUUUUCUUAUUGGUUCAAUCAAUGAUUGUUUUGUUAUUGGUUUUGGUUUAUUAACACGUUAUCUUGCCGAUAAUUGGGAUAUAGAUUUAUCAAUUGUAAAUAAUACAUUUUGUAAAAUACGGUCUUUUCUCACAUAUCCAUCUCUCGACUUUGCUCUAUGGUCGGUUGUUCUUGCAAGUAUUGAUCGUUAUCUUUCAAGUUCACCAAUUGUUCGAUUUCGUCGAUUAAGUAAUUUAUCAAUAGCACGAAAAGCUACUUUGAUAACAAUAAUAGUCAUUUAUUUGAGCUAUACACAUACACUUGUUUUUUAUCAAAAGAUUUUAACUUCGAAUGGAAUCAGUUGUACUAUUAUUUCAAGAGGAUAUUUUUUAUUUCUAACUCUAUUUGGUUCAAUAAUAUCAUAUAUUUUACCGAUUAUAUUGAUGAGUAUCUUUGGUAUAUUAAUGAUUUAUAAUGUUCAAAAUACGCAUCGACAUUUGAAUUUACACAAUAGACGUUUACGUUCUAAUGAUCGUCAAUUAUCUAAAAUGCUUUUAAUUCAAGUAUUAAUAACAAUUAUUAUCUCAACACCUUAUCAUGUUAUUACUUUUUAUAAUACAAUUGCUAUUAUCACAUUAAAAUAUAGAUUAUCAUCAACUGAAUUCACUAUUUUUAAAUUUUUACGAAAUCUUUCUCGAUAUCUUAUUUAUACAAAUUCAGUUCACAAUUUUUAUAUUUAUACAAUAACAAGUUCAAAAUUUCGUGAAGAAUUUCAACGUUGCCUUCAACAUGGAAAGAAGGCUUUCAUAAAAUAUAUUCAAGUAAUAAAAUAUUUACCAUUAAAAUUUCAGCGAAUUCCACGUACGGAAAAUAAUGAUCUACGUUGGACAAGAUCUACUCGAAGAAACAAUGUUAUUAUUCCUAUUGGAUAG